AUGUCCCGCCACGCCCAAGUUGAAGAAGUGUACGACUCGGACCCAGAGGAGGUCGCUCCCUCUUUGGUCCCUAGCCGCCCCGACAAUGAAUCCAUACUCUCUGGAGCCUCAAUUCCCUCUCAAUCAAUGCCUAUCAGACCUGCGCCCGAACCCCAGCGUGAAAUCCCGAAGUCCUAUCAAUGCCUGUAUCCCGUUUACUUCGACAAGUCGCGAACUCGCGCGGAAGGUCGAAAAGUCGGAACAGAACUCGCUGUGGAGAACCCGCUCGCGAGGGAUAUUGUCGACGCCGUGCAGAUGCUCGGACUGCGAGUUGGGUUUGAACCGGAGAAAUUACAUCCCAAGGACUGGGCCAAUCCCGGGCGAGUGCGUGUCCAAUUGAAGGAUGAGAGCGGGGGACCGGUUAACUCGCAAAUAAAGAAUAAGCAUCACCUCUACAUCCUCGUCGCGCAGUACCUCAAAGCCCACCCCACAAACGACCAAUCGCCCUACCGUUUACGCAUUCGAGGACUUCCAAUGCCUGAGAAACUACCAGAUGCACCCCCUGCGCCUCGCGGUUGGAAGAUCGGCAAAAUCCUACCUUUCCACUCCGCCGCAUACAGUGGUGGUGGAGUUAGCGAUAACCCUUUGAAAGACGCCAUGGCUGAGAUGCAGAACAUGCAAGGGAUGCCCGGGAUGCCGCAAAUACCCGGAAUGGGGAACCUGGCCAACAUGAUGGGGGGAAUGGGCGGCAUGGGAGGAGAGCCAUCGGGAGGCAGCAGCGAAAAGAAGAAAAAGGAUAAAAAGAAGGGCAAAUAG